GCGGGCUCGAGCAAUAACGCCAUCUUUAAACCCCAGAAUCAGCCGCCGUUUAGCACCGUGAUCAACGAUUCACUGUACCCGUGUACCGUUUUAUUUCUGCUGGCUCUUCCGCCUGUAAACUGGCGAAUUAAAACAAAUAAGGAGGUAGUUAGCGUAGUUUAAAAUAAAACAAGGCAUAUCGAAUGGUCACAGAAAAAAAAACACUUGACAACAGAAAACAUCAACAACAAAAGGCGGAAAAACAAGGGACGAGCAAACAAGGCGUUGUUAGACUAGCUGGACUAACUAGACUAGUUAGGUAGCCGCUGCACUUAGAUUAUAAAAAGGUUUUUAAAAGGCGUAUUUGCCCUGCUUCGUUUUUGCGAGCUGUACGUGAUUCAGAGUCAACUGCGUGGCUGCAAUACGUCCUCACUUCUCCCCUUCCCCCGCGGCCCGGCUGGAGAUGAGCGGAAGAUGUCGGUUUCGGGGCUGAAGGCCGAAUUGAAGUUUUUGGAGUCCAUUUUCGAUCCAAACCACGAACGCUUCCGAAUCAUUGACUGGAAGCCCGACGAGCUCAGUUGUCAGUUCAACGUUACUGGUGAAAAGCUUCUGAUUAUCCACUGCAACAUCACGGAGUCCUACCCCUCCACGUCCCCAAUAUGGUUCGUUGACUCCGACGACCCCAGCCUCACACAAGUACUGGAACGCCUGGACGAUGUGAGAAAGGGCAGCACACUGCUCCUCCAGCAGCUGAAGAGGCUGAUCUGCGACCUGUGCCGGCUGUACAACCUGCCCCAGCACCCCGACGUGGAGAUGCUGGACCAGCCCCUCCCAGCGGGGCCCGUGGGCCCAGAGCGAAAGCACGGAACGACGGACGAGGUGACGUCCGAGGAAGAGGAGGAGGAAGAGAUGGGAGAGCAGGACAUCGAGGACCUGGACCACUACGACAUGAAAGAGGAGCCGGCCGAGGGGAAGAAGUCCGAGGACGACGGCAUCGAGAAGGAGAACCUGGCCAUCCUGGAGAAGAUCCGCAAGAACCAGAGGCAGGACCACUUGAACGUAAGUGCCCAUUCGGGCGCGGUCUCUGGGUCGGUGCAAGCCUCGGACCGGCUGAUGAAGGAGCUCAGGGAGAUCUACAGGUCACAGAGCUACAAGACGGGCAUCUAUUCGGUGGAGCUCGUCAACGACAGCCUUUACGAGUGGCACGUCAAGCUGCGCACGGUAGACCCUGAUAGCCCGUUGCAUAGCGACCUGCAAGUUCUGAAGGAAAAGGAGGGCGUCGACUACAUCCUGCUCAACUUCUCAUAUAAAGAUAAUUUUCCGUUCGAUCCACCUUUCGUACGGGUGGUGUCACCUGUGCUGUCCGGGGGCUAUGUUCUUGGCGGGGGUGCCCUGUGUAUGGAGCUUCUCACCAAGCAGGGAUGGAGCAGUGCCUAUUCCAUAGAGUCUGUCAUCAUGCAGAUAAACGCCACUUUAGUCAAAGGAAAAGCCAGAGUGCAGUUUGGAGCCAAUAAGAACCAGUACAAUCUUGCCAGAGCACAGCAGUCCUACAAAUCCCUGGUGCAGAUUCAUGAAAAGAAUGGUUGGUACACGCCCCCUAAAGAGGAUGGCUAAGGCCUCAGCGUGCACGCUGGGACCACAUGUCUUGGGGUUGACGCCUUUUUUUUCCUUUUAAUUUUUAUACAUGUAUUUUUUUUCUGACUCUGAAGUUCUUUACUGGGAGAGUGACCCCCAGGCUGGGUUUGACCCAUUCGGAAACCCCCAACAACCAGCGGGUAAAAUCCCCGCUCCAACUUCUCCCUCGGCUCAACGGGCAGACCUUUUCUUGCCCCCCCCCCAAAUCUAGACCCCCCCCUCCCCCCUUCUUUGCUCCUCCUCCUUCCCUUCUCUCCUCUCCCCCUCUUGAGCCUUCAGGAGAACUUUUGAGCAGAAACAGUCGGGCGGGGCCGAGCCCCCGGCCUCUGCUCGUGCCGACCGCCCCCCCCCCUCCCCGUGUUCCCUCCCACGGUCAUUCCUGGGUUAAACAAACCGCCUCACCCCCCACCCCGGGUCAAACUGUCCACUCUUCUGUUCACUCGCCAGGACGCUUCAGAAGUCGGGUUUGGGGGGGGGGUAUCUGAAGGGUGAACCUGUUUAUCUGAUAAAGACAGAAGGGCUUGCUAGGGUUAGCGCUCCGUGUCCACGGCUUGGCAGAGCGGCGAAGGCGCUAAGCGGGGGACUGAGAGAGCCGGGGGGUCUUACCUCGUAAAAAAAAAAAAAAUCUUUACAGCGGCCCGGCGCUUCGAACGAGAGGCCGAGCGUUCCGCGGCGAGACGGCGGACUCCACUACCCGCCGGCGCUCGGUUCGAGGCGAAGCCCCGGCCCCGGUGCCGCGACGGGAAAGGCCGGCCGGGACAUGCUUUCCCGCUUUCGGAAAAAAGGCGAGGCCCAAGCUCUCCUCUCGCUACGGCUCGGUGUUUUUAACGUUAAAAAAAAAAAAAACGUAACGGUGUGACGUGCUGCUGCCUCAUUCUUUACGGACUGUUUUGCUUUUUUUUUUGUUUUGUUUUUUUGUCCCUUUCGUUUUCGUUCGUUCUGCGUAACGUUUCGCAAAGGUUCUGAAAGGACUAACAUGCUCCAGCAGUUUCCUGUCCUGCUCGUGUAAUGGGCAGAUUUUUAAAUGGAGAGGGGAGAGCAGGGGGUGGGGGGUGUGUGUGGAAGUGAAGAAUCUCCUUCGGAAAUGACCGAGAGGGAGACUCAAUCAUGCAGUUUUGUCACGGUUUUUGCUCCUGGAAGCCAAUCAAAAUGAAACCCACCCCCAAACCUCCUCAAGCUAGGCUAAACCAAGCAAGCUGGAUUUAACCAUUGUACUUGUAGUCGAAUUUAACCCCAUGUAAAAGUGUAAAGAUGUAUCACUGAGAAUGGAUUUGCUUGUAUUUUCAUGUAACUUUGUGUGGGGGUUCUGGGGCACAGUCUAGUCACGCACCUCUGACUAACGGGGAUAUCCUGGCAUACGAUGAUGCGUAUUUCACAAAUGUUAAAAAUUAGGAUAAUUAAUAGUUUAACUAUUAAGAUCGUAAAAUGGAUGCCGAAACCAUGUUUUAUGUAAGCAGCAUGACGACAAAUGUUUUCCUGGUAGCGGGAAUGAAGCUAUCUCUUUUUGGCGUGGCAGUCUGAACGACCUUCCUGUAUCGUCUGCUGAAAAGAACCCAGUUAUGUUCUGGUCUCAAACGUGUACUUACUCCGGGAGUGGUUUACCAUUAGCGUAGAUAUGCAGAUGAAGGUCUACUCCGUUAACAGCAUGAAGAUGAGCGAGUGCAGGUGAAUUGAAGCGGGUGGAGCCACGCUUGCUUUCUAGCCGAUACCUGGUUUUUAGUUUUUAACUGCCUAGCGUGAGACUCAGUGGUGUCUGCCCAUCAGUUGAUGUUCUGCAGCACUGGCUGCCCCCCCCCCCCCCCCCAUCUCGUCGCCCACUGGGCUGAGCAGAAGGCCACAGUACUGCGGAGGCAGAGGUGUGUGUGUGUGUGUGUGACAUACACUACAUAGAACUGUUCAGGGCCUUGUCUCCGACAGAGACUGCAAGGUAUCUGUUAAAGCCUUAAAAAGGAUAAAGCCCCCUCCAAACUUGCCCCUUUCUAAAGUAUAAAAGUAACAGAUUUUUCUCCCCCAUUAUCUAUUUUUUUUCUUGUUUUUUUUUUUUUUUAAAUACCAGUCCACACUCCAGAUACUAUGUUCUCUUUGGUUGAGUCAGGAAACAAGUUUUGUCUUUCAUUUUGACACUGAAUUAUCGGGGGUUUGCUGAAUACACUGAGAAGCACUGCAAAUGUUACGCCGAAUACUAAUGCAAUAUAUUGCCUCUUGUGGUUUUCUAGAUUGAAAUGUAUUGAUCUUUCUUUUGAAAAACUAUAUACUUAAAAACCAGCAUAAUACGGACCUUCCUCUUUGAAGUGUCAAACAUUUGUGCUUCAUGCUAUAGAUUGACCCGAAUACUAACUCUCUACAGCACUAGAGAAACAGGAUUAUUGUAAAAUCUAGCAGGAGGCGUAUUUCCUAAUGUUAAGUUACAUCUUCCUUGCAUACUUGCCUAAUAGCCUAGUCAGUUCACUGAUAACCUGAUCCACAAUACAGUAAUUUGCAUUCAAAAUCACAACAAGGACAGUGGUUUAUAAAAGUUAACUCAUUUAUGAUGGAAAAAGUGACCCCUAAUUCCACCUUAAUUUGAAGAGAUGAGAAAUGGACGACCUCUGGAAGUGUGAGCGUGACUUUGCCGUUCGGGUGCAAGUCUAAGGCCUGCGAGUCCCCGCUAGUUUAGCGUGAUAUCCACCGCUAGUGAGAUUUGCGUCCUGGCUUCGAAGGCUUCCUCUACCCCGAGGAUUCGGUCUACACUCAACAGCUCUCAGCGUUCCGUAGAGAAUUAUGGGGACAAAACAAAAACAAAUGAACUCAGGAAUACAAACUGUAGAUUUAAUUUGUACACAUAAUUACUUCAGACGUUACACAAUGCAAUGUUUCCCAUUGUUUACACUUGGCUUUGCCCAGAAGUUAAAAAAAAACAAAAAAAAAAAAAAACAACAAAAAAAAAAACGUGGCUUUCAUUCCAUUGAAUGCAGUGGUGAAAGUUGGUGGUUCUCAUGCAGUGUUGAUCACUAUUUGAUGUCAUAAAUAUUUUUUCUACGUUAGAGCCGCUUGAUACCCCCCAGGACGUAACUACGGUAGCAAGAACAUCUGAGAGCAGUUUGUUGGAAAGCUCUUAAACAGAGAAUUGGGAAAGAUUCCCAUGCUGCCCUAUCGACGAGUUGUAAACUUUGGGCGACCGCAACCUUGUUCCUGUGAAAAGCUGCCUCCGUGGUCCUAUUGGGUUCUAAACCGCCCUGCCUCGGCGACCGUUGCGUUUGCAUGCGAAAAAAUGUGCUCUUGUGUAUUCAGCCCUGAAAAACGUCCCGGUCCAGACGUCCACUCGGUGACGUCCAGAGCAAAGAUGCUUACAUCCGUGGUCGCGCAAGAGCGCAACAUUUCAGUUUUAAGAUCAGAUUCGGCACGCCGUGUAAAUGCAACCCAUCUCGAAGCACGAGCACCUCUUCCGCUUAAUUUCCCGGUGCACUUUCCUCCGUUUCGUAUCGCCCAGGAAGACUCCGCACGGUCAGCCCCGCGUUGGUUUAAACGACCAGAGCGGUCUCGUCUUUGUGACCGGCUGGACUCCCUCCCGAACGCAUCCACCCCAGUUCGUCAAAUCGUAUAACAAGCGGGAAAUGAAAGACCUUUGUGUCUGAGCUUAAAACCCCCUUCGGUUCGGCACGGGUCGUCCUGACUCUAGUUCACUUUCAGAGUUCUUUAGAUGAUAGGGUUUUCACAGCACAAGGGUCUGUUUAUUUAGUGUGCUGGUGUCAGACACGCUAUGACUUAAAGCUUCACUCAUUCAGUCACUGUCCAGCGGUCUCUUUGCUGGGCAGCGUUAAGAAGAGAAAAAAAAAACUGGUUUGCAAUUCUAAUUGUGGAUUCCUUUUAUGGCUCCAUCUAGUGGUGGGCAGGUUAUGCACUGUUGGCAUGCUUUUUUUUUUUUGUUUUUGUUUUUUUGGUUUAUUUUUUUUUCUCCUCCAUUGAAAGAGUAAUUUUGAACAUGUACAGUAAUUUGUAAACUUGCAUCAAGUUUAUGAAUAAAGAAUUUUAAGAAAUAA